AUGGAUGAGCCGUCUGGCACGGCGCGUGGUGUUAUUGUGUUCCUGACUGACUAUCGGCAGCGGGCCACCACCUCCCCACUAGCCCAGGUGUCCCUGCCAGCACAGCAAUUCCCCGCCCAACGCCAGCCACCGCCUUUUGCGCCCGCCCGUCUGCCUUGGACUCGCCGCAAUGCUGCCAGAGACGACGACAUGUGUAGGCAGCGCACACGCCCACGCACACGCACCCACCAUGGCCACUCUUACGCCCCUCGCGAUCCGUCUGGUGUUGUGAAACCGCAUCAUCAUCGUCAUCAUGCUCGCAAUAGGCAGCCCGACACCGCCAAUGCCGCUAACGCGACCUGCCCCUGCACAAACUCUGAGAUUGCCGGCGCCAAUGCUACUCCCAAUAACCUCGCAAAAUUAGACCCAAAACAAACAUGCUGCCUCUUGGCGGCUGCCCCUUCAACACACACAGCGACCGAGACAUGCGACAGAGGGCGAGCAAUGCAACGUCUCGAGGGCAGAUAA